AACCUCCACUUCAUCCACCCCACCCCUAUACGGUGUAUGACAUCCUCGUCAAUCUCCUCGAUCCCCUGAAUAAUCGAUCUACGUUACUUGAAACUACCCCUCAAUUACUUGAGAGUCGAGCCUCACUUCAACUCCCCGCUUCCUUCAGCUCAACUCCAGUCAGCCUCGUCAACCGUUACUCUCUCCCAAAAACUAACCAUCUAUUCCUCCGCUGUACAGCAACAUCGACACUCCGACCAAUUUUGAGGACAUGGAAGCUUCGUCCUCAUCCUCCGAUUCCGAUGAUGACUUUUUUGCUCCGUCUUCUUGGCCUUCUACUUCAGCUGUCUACAGCUUAUUGCCUUCCAAUAAGAAAUUGCGCCGAUCCAGAACUGCUCCGGCUAUGGUCUCUAUGGAGGACCUCUUUAAAUCACCCACUCAAUCUGUCCACCAAUUUGGCCCUACUUCUCUCGUCAGACAGGCCGCUUUUCUGCUUGUAGUUUACCUCUCUCUUGGUGUCGUCGUUUAUUCCUUUAACCGUGACCACUUCUCUGGAGUUGAGACCCACCCGGUUGUUGACGCCCUUUACUUUUGCAUCGUCACUAUGUGUACCAUUGGCUACGGCGACAUUGCUCCGAUUACUCCCUUGACUAAAGUCUUUGCUUGUAUAUUUGUGCUUGUGGGAUUUGGGUUCAUUGACAUUUUGCUGAGUGGGGUCGUCAAUUACGUACUUGAUUUGCAGGAGAACUUGUUAUUGGCCGGCUUUAAAGUACAAGGGCAACGGCAAUUCGAUAAUGGGCAUGGGCAUGGUGGCGGACUCUCCGCCUAUAUCGUCGACGUAGCCAAAGGCAGAAUGAGAAUCAGAAUGAAAGUGGGUUUGGCUCUGGGAGUUGUGCUUUUAUGCAUUGGUUUGGGGUCAAUGGUGUUGUAUUUCCAGGAGAAUUUGGAUUGGAUCGAUUCAUUUUACUUAUCAGUAAUGUCUGUUACCACUGUGGGAUAUGGUGAUAGGGCUUUCAAGACCCUGCCGGGAAGGUUGUUCGCGUCAAUUUGGCUUUUAUUCUCCACCCUCGCGGUGGCACGUGCUUUCUUGUAUUUGGCAGAGGCCAGGAUUGACAAGAGGCACAGGAGGAUUGCCAAUUGGGUAUUGCAGCGCGAAAUCACCAUUGAAGAUCUGCUUGCCGCUGACAUUAACAAUAAUGGUUUCAUUCGGAAAUCAGAAUAUGUCAUCUACAAGCUCAAGGAAAUGGGAAAGAUCAGGGAGAAAGAUGUAAUGCAGAUAUGCAAUCAGUUCAACAAGCUCGAUGAAAACAAUUCUGGGAAGAUAACAUUACCCAGUCUCCUGCAGAGUCAUUUGUAGCAAAUAUUCUUUUGCUACCAUGAAGUAUCUGCUAAUUUCCAAGAAAAAGAAUCUUAACCUGUCCGGAUCAAAUGCAUCACUUUACUGUUUGAAUAAUGAACCUUUUGCGGUUUCAACAUGUAUAACGAUGAAAUCCUCCCCUUUCGGGAGAAUCAGGUACAAAAAAUUUGGUGACUUAUUUCUUUUCGGUAUUAUUUUUCUUAUUGUUAUCCUCACCUGGUCUUAAGUGUAUAUUUGUCUUGGCCCUUGUUUGGUUACAUUCAAGUCAGCAAGAGAAGAACAGUAAAUCUAUAAGAAGUUUAUGUAUGGUUAGUUGGUACUCAUUCCUCAAUGAACUUAUGAUUGAUAUGGUCCGGCCUGCCACCAUUGGACAAAAAAAAGGAGAGCAAACGAGUUCAAAAAAGAGAGAAAAAAGUGAAAGAGAAGACUCUUUGCCAUAAAAUAAAUGGCUUGUAAGAUAAAACAGCAUACAGAAUGGAGUACUAGAAGAUGCAUUUAUAAAUGUAGUGGAUUGGGCUGCCCCUUAUAUGUAUUCAUAAAUGACUAUAUAUCCUGCAAAUUCAUAGUAUUGACAUGUCUAAUGUGAUACAAUUGGAGUUGGUGACCAAUAACAACUACUCUACUACUGCA